GCAGGCGCAGUGGCCUCGGCGCCCGUCGCCGGGCCUGGUCCCUUGCCCUUCUCUACCUGGUCGUCAGCUGAGGUGGCGGCUGCACUCUCUGUAGCUUCGGGUUAGGGACAUGUCCCGAAAACAGGCGGCGAGGAGCCGGCCGGGCAGCGGCGGCCGGAAAGCCGAGGUCGAGCGCAAGCGGGACGAGCGGGCGGCGCGUCGGGCGCUGGCCAAGGAGCGGCGGAACCGGCCGGAGCCCGGCGGCGGCUGUGAGGAGGAGUUCGUGAGCUUCGCCAACCAGCUGCAGGCCCUGGGGCUGAAGCUACGGGAGGUGCCGGGGGACGGCAAUUGCCUGUUCAGAGCUCUCGGUGAUCAAUUGGAGGGACAUUCACGCAAUCAUCUCAAGCACCGACAGGAGACAGUAGACUACAUGAUAAAGCAGCGAGAAGACUUUGAGCCCUUUGUAGAAGAUGAUGUUCCUUUUGAGAAGCAUGUGGCCAGUUUGGCAAAGCCUGGUACUUUUGCUGGCAAUGAUGCAAUUGUAGCCUUUGCAAGAAACCAUCAAUUGAAUGUGGUGAUCCAUCAGCUUAAUGCCCCUUUGUGGCAGAUUCGAGGUACUGACAAGAGCAGCGUGCGGGAGCUCCACAUCGCCUAUCGGUAUGGUGAGCACUACGACAGUGUUCGGAGGAUCAAUGACAACUCAGAAGCACCGGCACAUCUCCUGACCGAUUUCCAGAUUCUUCAUCAGGAUGAAGCAAAUGUGAAAGAAAAGAUGAAGACCAAAGGAGUUGACCUUGAAGACAACAACCUGAGAGACAAAGUGGAAGAUGCCAUCCAGAAAGUUUGCAGUGCGACUGGGUGUUCAGAUUUUAAUUUAAUAGUCCAGAACCUGGAAGCUGAAAAUUACAAUAUUGAAUCUGCAGUAAUCGCCAUGCUUCAAAUGAAUCAGGGAAAAAGAAAUAAUGCAGAAGAGAACCUUGAGCCCAGUGGCCGGGCGCUGAAGCAGUGUGGCCCUUUAUGGGAGGAGGGUGGCAGCGGCACCAGACUCUUUGGAACUCAGGGUGCAAAUGAAGGCAGGACCGAAAACAAGGUGUGGGCUAGCCCUGGUGAAGCAAACAUGAAGGUGCGGGCUAGCCCUGGUGAACCAAACAAGGCAAACAGAAACCAGCUCCCGAAGGUCACAAACAAGCAGCGGAGAGAACAGCAGCGUCUAGAGAAGAAGAAGCGGCAGGAGGAGAGGCACCGCCACAAAGCCCUGGAGAACAGGAGCGGCCACAGGGACAGCAGAGGUGAAGCGGAUGUGAGCAUACAGGUCACCUUGGUGAAGACCUUCGCUGCUCUGAACAUCUGACUCUCAAGCCUCCUGGGAGCUGGGAGAAGUGUUGGAGGAUCAGCGCUGCAGACCAGGCAUUCCAGCCAGGUGUCCUUGGACAAAAUGAAACAGCCAACAGCGCCACACACAGGCCCACACACUGAGUUUCCUUCGAGCUGCCUCUUUUUGUGUCCAGAGAUUUUUCAGUGAAUCACCCACCUUCCCUAACAGACUUCAGAUUCUGAGUCAUGGGGUGAGGUGUUAGGUCAGGAGAAACCCUAGAGUGUGACUUCAUUUUCCAUGAGUAUCAGUCAGAGUUCCAUGAUUCUAGACUCUUCCCUUGAGGCUAGGAUGAGUUUGCUGUAAUUGUUCAUGAAGUAGUUUAGCACAAUCUUUAGAAAUUCACAAUGACAAAUUUCCUCGGUUUCUCCUUCAAGUAGAUAUUAACAUCUAGGGUGGUUUAUCAGUGAUCUCCAACUCAAGAACAUGUUUAGAUUUGAUUUCUGAUCCAAGUUACUCAGACAAUAAUUCAGGAAAUGUUUCCCCCUAGUAGUAUGACAGGAGAGGUGACCAGCAGCAGUUAGGGUGGACAUCAGCAACAUCUCCCCUCUUCCUGUCUCUACUGUCAUUUCGAGUGCAGGUGUUGGGUUCCCUCUCCAGCCAUGCUCUACGUGUGUCACCUGACUGGUGGCGAGGCCUGGGUGUUGCUGGGAGGUCCACGAUACGGCUGUGGCAGAGUUAGGUUAUUUGUUUCUGAACAGUUAGGGAGAUGCCGUGGUGCUGCUUAUGCAGCUCUGAAACUGUGUAGGGCUGAUUCCACAGUUGUAGAGUCAAGACUCUUAGGUUUUUGCCUACGAAGAGUCUGAAGAAUUAUUUCCUUUACAGAAGUCUGAAAGAAUAAAGUUUUCUGGGCUUGAAUUUUAAGUAACUCUUUUCCUUCCUGCUCUGCUAGACUCAAAAAGAUGCCUUCGGAGAAAUAAAUGAUAAUUUGAUCUUAAGAGUUGCUAAAUUUUCUUAGCAUUGUGGAAAUAAGAUUGCAAAACAGCUGGGCAUGGUGACUCACACCUGUAAUCUUGGUACUCAGGCAGAAGCUAGAGGAUCACUGCAAGUUUGAGGCCGGCCUGGGCUACAUAGUGAAUUCACAGGUACCCAGCACUACAAUUAGAGACCCUGUCUUACUCCCUACCUAAGAAAAAACAUUCCAUAGCAUGUGCCCUUUAUUUUUAUUUAAGCCCUAUUUGGGAUUUCAGUACUAGGAAAAGUGCAGCAUCUGCUGGAGGCUGAGUGACAGGCUGGAUGGCAGGGGAUAGGGAUUCCACUGGCUGAGGCCCUGGAGUGAUCCAGUUCUGAAGCAAAAUUAGAGAGGGGAGAUGCUGUUCCUCAGACUGAGCUAUGUGGAAGUGUACUUUAGACUGACAUGUGGGGUGGCCACUCAUGAACAUGUCUCUCUUUGUCUUUUGGGAAACUAGUAUUUGGACAAGGUCAAAAGAUAAAUUACUUGUCUCCAGAGGCAAAAGGAAAAUUACAAAAUCGUCUUGACAAUUAUAGAGGUGUUACUGCCUAUGCAAGCCCUGGGUUCAUUGAAUCAUCUGUCAGUAGGUUGUUUUAUUUCUUCAAUUUUAAUAAUGCCUUUUAAUUUUUCAUUUGUUUGACUUUGGAACUUUGUGUUUAGAACACCAGGAGCCUCUUGGAAUCGCUCCCAGGACGCUGUGCUGGCUUCUUCCUGUGUACAGUACAUUGCGAUAUUUUGCAGACUGGCAAACUAUACUCUGGGAGUCAGAGUCUCAGUCUGAACAAGGGAGCACUGCUGCCACCACACACUGAGGAGAGGAGUAGGGCCCUAGGACAGUUGUUCUCCAGAUUCACCCCAGGCAUGUUCGGGGUUGGCCCAGCUCUUGUGAAUGAAAGCUCUUUAUUCCCUGCUCUGUACUGCUAGACUGCAGAAUGCCAGAUCCUCACAGAAAGGUGAAGGUUGUUUACCAGAAACUCAGGAUUAGAGGUCAGAGCUAGGCUGGGGAAGCUGAGUGGUAGAGUUCUUGCCCAGCAUGUGUGAGGCCCUAGCCCAUCAGCACCUAAAAGAAAGGCCCCACAUCUUGAAGUAGACCAAUUGUUGGCACUAAUAGAACUGCUUUGUUUACCUGGUUAGUGAGGGAGGCCUUGGACUCUCUUGGGUUUUGGAAGUCUUAGCAGCUGCUAAGAAGUUAUUAAAGAAUACUAGGAAUGUUUUAUAGAAAUUACCUAAUUCUGGUAAUAGGUUUCAGCAUUUCUGGAAUACAGUAACAGUGGGUUUUUUAAAGUAAUGAAAUAGCUUUAGUAAUCUUUUAUUACCAUUUCACAACUUUGUGUUACAGUUGGUGUGUAUUUCUUCUGUGUACUAAUUAUUAGAAGUGGCAUUGUCUUCUAGCUAAGGCUAGAAUGUGGGCUUUGAUGCCUUAGUCUCACCAAGUGAGUGGAGGAUCAUCCAUAGACUUUGUCACUUUAGUGGGCAGCCAGAUUGGCAGCUAGAUUGAGGGUCUAGUAAAUUUAACCUUGGGGUGAUGAUGGUUAGCAUCUCUCCUCAGUCCAAGUGGUCCUUGGGGCGUUGUGCUGGGAACUGACUCUGUCUGAAGCUCCAGGCUACGCCUCGGCUAGUAGAGGUUUAUGCUAUGUGAGACUGUCCUGGUAGCUUGUAAUGAGUCCAGAAGAGGAAGGAACAGUAGUUUAUGACUGCUGGCCUUGUAGACUAUGUGGAAAGGUUUUAUGGAGUUUAAAGAAUGAUUUUAGAUGAAGUAAGAGAAAAUUUUAGUGGCAACAGCUUUGAACUAGAGAGGCAGGUGUAGUAAAACAGAACACAGCUCAAACUUCUAAUUGAUAAAGUUGCCCCCAGGAGGUGCUAUUAAGGUAAAAUAAUGCCUACUUUUAUUUAGUAUUUUCAAUAAUACGAGCAUCUGCUUCAGGGAGCAAAGUCUGCUCGAGAAAUUGUGGCAGAAGAAUCUUAAAUGCCUGUCAAAGUUGUCUGUGGUCUCUUUUGUAAAUGCUGAAGCUUGCAGCCCUGUUUUGAUUGUGAAGCUGUGAAUUGUGCUCUCCCCUGAACAGCAGCUGGAGCAGAACUGGGCAGGAACCUUUAUGCCCUGCUUCACUGGGGAAUGGAUCAAUGUGACAUAGAGUGACAGGACUGGAGAGCUGCUCACAUUGCGUGGUGGUGUCAGGUGGACUUCGGCAGUGGACUGCACUCACAGCAGACUGCAUUGUCAAUAAGUCUUUGCCGUUAGUGUGUAGUUUCUCAAAUUCAGAGAAACCCCAGUGUCUGCCUGGGUUUUACCAGGUUUGCAUAGAAUACCUUCAGUUUACCUCUGUGAAAAGUUCAACUGGAACAUCUGCUCAGGGAGAGGAAACUUGGAUCCCCAGAUGGAAUAGACUUAAAGUCACGCUGAGCAGAGGGUCCUUAGGAAUGAAUGGAAAGAGGAACUUGUCCCCUCUGUGGCUCUCCCUGAGCCCUCGUCGGUUCCCACAGCUCCCCACCUCUUACCUCAAGGGCCAGGUUGCAUGAGGGCUACUGUUUUGUCUCUCUUUUCUGGCUGUGUGCUUCCUUUCCCUUGGGGGUCAGCUUGUCUGAAACCCCUUUCCUCCCUCCCUAAGCCAUCCAGUGUGGCACUUUCUGCAGGUGCAUUUCCCUGACUCUGAGCAGGUUGAGCGUUUCAUUUGUCUUCCUGGAGUGGAAGACACAGCUGCCUAUUUAGUUCUAACAGUGGACUGCUGGGACCAAUCAAGUGUCGCUGCCAAGUGGAGGGAAUACUGAGCUGUCACCAGUGGGAUCUUAGCGCAUGACUCUGCACCUUUAAGUCUGGGCUUAAGGAGAGUUGUGUUCUGGGGUGGCCUGGCCCUUUGUCAGUCCCUGGUAAAGUUCCCUUUCAGAAUCUCAAUUCUGACAGUUUUUUUUCAGUGGGUUCUUUCUAGAGUUUACCUGUUUACUAGUCCUCACCACAGCUGUUUUGUAGCUCAGUUUAAAAUGUUGGAUGUCCUUGCAGAGCCAAGAAGGGGCCAGCAGCAAUGCAGAGAUGUUCUAUAAAAUCCCAUGCUUUUGCACAGUGAGUUCAUUUUAAGCAGUGCAUACUCCUGAUUCAGAGCUGCUUUUGCUCUCUGUGCUGAUUGUCAGAGGAGAUCCCAAGUACUGGAGGAAACCUGAGGGUCUGCCUCUGAUCCUUGCACAUGAGCAUCCAGCACGUUCUGUUGGUCACCUGUGACAAGUCAUUCUAGUUCCAUCAGAGCUCCGCCUGUGGUUUGAUUCUCAGCAGAUCCCUCUUGAAACGUGAGCCCCCCUGCCGGGAUGAGGCUCCUCAUGGCUUCCCAGUCUGGGUGUUCAUUUUCUGUGGGGGCUGCUCUCCUGGCGUCCUUCAUUAGUGCUAAGCUCGGGGAAGAGGAGCAGAGGGCUCAGCACCCACUCGCCCCGCUCCCUUCCUGAUGAUGAAGCACUGGUGUGUGUCCGUCCCCGCGGGAAGGAGGGCCAUGUGUCUCCAGGGAAGGGCCUUCUCCUGUCUCUAAUUGCACUUUACUUGUUCUAGCUUCAGUAUGGAGUUAUUUAAGACCUCCAUGGGGUCAUGAUCCAUAGACUUAGCAAGUCUGCCUUAUCUGUGGAGCUUGGUGGUGAGAACUACAGCCAUCGUCUGGUGUCCGUAGUCAAUUCCUCCUAGGCUGUUUCUUUUCAUAGAUUGUGUUCAUCUGAACCAUUUUAUUUUUUAUUUUCCAACGUACUGUACUUGGCUAUUUGCAGUGUUUUCAAAACCAAACGUUUCUUUUUGUGUUUUUAAUUUCUUCACUACUUGGUGCAAUAGAAGCUGCAAAGAUGUGCCACUUUAUCUAUGAAAUGGAUUUUGUAUACCAAUAAAUUAUAGUUUAGACAAA